CCUACACACUCACAGGGAUCAGAGACACUCCAGAUAAAGACGUCACCUCUCUGCCCUCCCUGUUUGCUCUUUGGACCUCAAAAAUUUUUUGCAUCACUAAAAGAGCUGCUCCCAAACUGCAGACUCAGUGAAAGCUGCAUCUUUUCAGACUUUCCCCCUCACAGCUGAUGUUGACUUUCAAAAAGCCUGAGCCGUUGAGGGGAACGCUUCCUGGCUGAGUGGGAUCUGGAUCUGAUUAGAGCGUGGAUCCGUCGAGCUUGAUGCUGCAGACAUGUAGCCAGAGCUGGAGCUAACUGCGUGACCAGAGGGAUUGUGGGAAGUGAAUGAGAGCUUUAUGCGAAGGUGGAAAGAGGGAUGCUUUUCCUGGAGCGCCUGUGUGUGAUGAACCUAGAACGCAGCGAAAGAGGGGAGCGCCCUUCUCCCAGAGGCCCGGAGAUGGAGCCCCGUGCUGGGGGAAAGAUGGGGAAGAUAUCUGUGGGCUUCCAGAGGAGCUCCACCUCAGAUGACGACUCUGGGUGUGCGUUGGAGGAGUACGCAUGGGUGCCACCGGGACUCAGGCCUGAGCAGGUCCAGAUGUAUUUCUCCUGUCUGCCAGAGGAGAAGGUGCCGUAUGUCAACAGCCCUGGAGAGAAGCACAGGAUCCGACAGCUCCUCUACCAGCUGCCGCCACAUGACAAUGAGGUGCGUUACUGCCACUCUCUGACGGAGGAGGAGAAGAGGGAGAUCCACAUGUUCAGUGCCCAGAGGAAGAGGGAGGCACUGGGGAGAGGAACACCCAAGAUCCUGCCCCGAGCUCUGCACCACACCCGCUGUGAAAAUUGUACUGGAGGCAUCAGUGGAGGAGAGAUGGCAAUUUUCGCAUCCAGAGCAGGACCCGGCCCCUGCUGGCAUCCAGCGUGCUUUGUGUGCGCCACGUGUCAAGAGCUGCUUGUGGAUCUGAUAUACUUCUACUACAAUGGAAAGAUCUUCUGUGGACGACACCACGCUGAGCUUCUAAAACCACGAUGCUCUUCUUGUGACGAGAUCAUUUUUGCGGAUGAGUGCACUGAAGCAGAGGGUCGUCACUGGCACAUGAAGCACUUUGCCUGUUUUGAGUGUGAGACCAUGCUCGGGGGGCAACGAUACAUCAUGAAAGAUGGCCGGCCCUACUGUACUGGGUGCUUUGAGUCACUGUAUGCAGAGUACUGUGAGGCCUGUGGUGAAAACAUUGGUGUUGACCAUGCCCAGAUGACCUAUGAAGGUGUACACUGGCAUGCCUCAGACCAGUGCUUCUGUUGUGCCCAGUGCAAGACAUCCUUGCUGGGUUGUCCCUUCCUACCAAAGCAGGGUCGCAUCUAUUGCUCAAAGGCCUGCAGCCAGGGGGAAGACAUUCAUGCCUCCGACUCGUCUGACUCUGCCUUCCAGUCUGCCCGCUCACGUGAGUCACGUCGCAGUGUGCGCAUGGGGAAGAGCAGCAGGCCUGCUGAACAGUGGAGACAGUCGCAGCUGUUUAACCCUCCUGCUGUCGUACCCCCGUUUGAGUACAGAGAUGGAGAGGGUGAUGGAGAUGCUGAUUGCGACAUUGGUAUCAUUGGGCGUAAGCUGGCCCGUCAAGGCCUGGAGGACGAGAGGUUCUGGCGGGAGCGGGAGGAGCAGGAUGCUGGUGGAGAGGAGGAUCCAGAGGAAUGGGCCCAGCAUGAGGACUAUAUGACUCAGCUCCUUCUCAAGUUUGGGGACCGCGGAAUGCUACAUCAACUUCAGCAGCCAUCCCUUCAAUCUCCCAGCCCCAGCAGUGAUAGAAACAGGUUAAUAAGUGUCUCUGACCCCUGGCUAAAGCCUGAUACUGCAUCUAUGGGGGUUACUGCGUCCUCACCCACCCCUGCCAGUCCCACUCAGAGCCAGACUUCUAAUCAAUCCCGAGCCAACAGCCUUAGCCCUGGACUGAUGAGCAAGAAGAACCUGCCUGAAAUGUACUGGGCUCAGUCACAGGAUGGGUUGGGAGACUCAGCCUAUGGAAGUCACCCAGGUCCUGCUAGUGCCAGAAAGAUCCAAGAGCUGGAGCUGGACCAGGAUCAGGACCAAUCUGAGACAGGAAGACGGGCCUUCUGGCCAGACACCAGGCAGUGGUAUGAAGAUUCCCUCGAGUGUAUCGCUGAUGAGCUGAGGAAAGCUGAGCAGGGUGCUGGAGAUUCCAUGGACUCCCUGGCGCUCUCGAAUAUAACUGGUGCAUCAGUGGAUGGAGACGGCAGGGAUAGACCUAUAGUCUACACCCUUGCCAUUCAGGGUCCCUCAGUGGCAGAUGACUGUGAGAAAAUGAGCAACAUGGGAACGUUUAAUUCAUCUCAUCUUCACCACAGUGCCAACUCUCUCAACCUUAACAUAGAGAAGGGAGAUGAUGAGGAGGUAGCAUUGGCAAUGAGGGGAGGACCCCCAGGAGGACUUCUGUCAUUGUCCCCACGUUCAGAAGACCUCCCUCCUUCCUUUGUCCAUGCUCCAGCUCUGAGGAGGAGCAAGUCCCAGUCCAGGCCUCCUCAGAUGGUCAAGUUCUCAGAAGACACUGUGGACAAUGGAUAUAAUGACGGGUUUGAUGUCAAUAUUAGAAAGCAUCCCAUGAGUGAGAAGCCACAACGGAGGGUGUAUUGCCCAGAUGAGAUGGGCCGAGAAAGAAGCCGCCCAUCAAGCCACCAUGGGCGCAGCAGGCAGCACCACCACCGGCAAGGCCGGCACCAUAGGAGCCGCAAAACUCGCUCGGACAACAACCUUCACAUGGUGCCUUUGGAGAAAGCACAGAGGCCGUAUGAGCCCCAGCAGCAGGGUUUGGUAAACCCUCCUUGUGGUGCCAUGCUCCUUCAGCAUCCUGCACACAGGCUGCCCUUGGCCUACUCCCAAACCAGAUCUGACUAUUUGCUUCAGGGCUCAGCUCAAGGAGACCCACGAGUCGAGCAUUUCAUGGGUCUCUACAGAGACGAGGAUGACUUUUGCUCUACUUGCUCUUCCUCAUCGUCGGACUCUGAGGAGGAGGGUUAUUUCCUGGGCCAGCCGAUCCCUAAGCCUCGUGUGGCUGGGCGCUACUACGCUGAGGACUACCCUACAAGGGUUACAGCCCUCUCUCCCCAGAGCCUCGGCUCACAGACUGGUCGCAGAAAGAGCCACCGCUCCAAAAACUGUAUCAUCUCUUAACAGCUUAGAGUGCAUUUACAUUAUAACCUGCACUAGACUUAGCAAUAAAGUCAGAUUUCCUGAUCAUUAUAGUUUUGCAGAUGAAAUCUGGGUUUAGAGAGGCAGUUUAAAGCAACCCAUGUGCACAGACUGCGGAUUUUGCCCGAACAGAAGGUGCAUGGCCAACUGUCAAGAUGCAUAUCAUAUUUUAGGCCCAAAUCUACUGAAAGAACAAAUCCAUCCAAACUGCUAAGACAGAUCUGUGUAACAUAUUGUCAAAAUCAUUUUUUGUGUAUGUGCAAAUUUGGCCUAUAUACUUACUGAAUUUUAGCACUAACAUGACACACCCGUAAAGUUAGAAGUCUUUCUUUAGACAGUGCAGACCAGAAUUAUGCAGAGCUGGCAGAGUGGUGAUAUUUUUUCUUUCAUUUCAACAUUUGCCUUUGAGUUUUUAAAAAUGUUAAAUGUUAAAUGUUUGAUGUUAAGUUUCGCAGCAUUAUCUUUGUGUGCAUUAAAAUGGCAACACAGUGUACACAGAGGCUGAUAAAGUAGAAAAUAGAAACAAACCAAAUAAUUAUUUAAUGCAUAAUAGUACAGAAUGAUAAUGUAUAUAUUAAGUUAAGAUUUUAAUACUGGUAUUUUUAUAUCCGUGUUUUAAAGAAUUGUUUCUGUUGAAGUGUAUGAUAGAAAAAAUAGCAGUUGUAAUGGUAAACAAACAGACCUCGUUAAUAUUUCAUGAGAAACAAACAAAGAAGGUGCCACUUCAUAAACUGUGCUCUCUUCACAGUUAAGUGCCAUGUUACUUGGUAACAAUGUCUAUUAUCACAUAUAUUCCACAAUGCUCAAUAUUGGUGUAGAAAAUAUGAAACGAAUGGCUGCAACACCUGCAUUUUCCAUAUUCAGCUGAACUGUUCACUACCCUUGCUCUGACAUAACCAGCUAAAUGCUUUGUGAUGUAAAGACGCUUGUAAUAAAUAUUUUUUCUCCUCUCAAAGCUUCAGGAAUUAUUGUU